GAGAAGACCAGAUAAGCUCCGAGAGUACCAGUCAGCGAAGCAAAGCAAAGCACAGGAGAGAGAGAAUGGAGGCACUAAGGGCCAGACUCGGAGGCUCUUCGUCCAAAUCGAACUUGGAUGACUCACCUCAAAGAAGCAGCAGUAGUAGCUGUAGCACCCGCCAUAAUUCAAAUAACAAACAAUCGCACCGUUUGCCCCCACCAAACUCUCUUGAUUACUUGCAAGCUGGUCAUGUUAAUCGAGUUAGGAGCUUUCCACAUGUUGAGGGAAAUUAUGCUUUACAUGUCUUUAUUCCAGUUUACAUACCCCCUGCAGCAAGGAAAGAAAUUGCCCUAUUCCUGAAAAGAGUCACAUCUCUUGUGCCUGCCCUUAAUUUUGUCGAUGUUGACAUUCCACUUUAUGUGCUUUGCGAAGACGAUCAAAAUCUGGAACAAGUUGCCUUAGGAAGGGAAUUUCACAUAAGUUUGGGGAGAACUGUACCAAUCCGAGUGCACCAGAUAGAUUCAAUAGUGGCAAUGCUUCGCCAAAAAUUUCAGUCUCAGAGACGAUAUUGGAUAGAUUUUAGUAAGUGGGCCGUUUUUGUCAAUGAUGAACGUACCCGAUCCUUUCUUUCAGUGGAAGUUAUUACUGGAGGCUUAGCUGAGAUUACCAGGCAGAUUCAUGCUGUGGAUGAGAUUUAUAGGUUACACAAUCUCCCUGAAUUUUAUAAGGAUCCACGCCCUCAUGUAUCCUUAGCAUGGGCACUGGGUGACGUUAGUCAGUCAAUCAAGCGGGUGUUUGAAGAACUAAACAGAUCCAAUAACAGUGGGAAGUUUUCACAGAAACGUAUUUUCACCUGUAAAUUUAGUGGCAUCAAAUGUAAGAUAGGCAACAGAACCUAUAAAAUAUGUAAAAUCCCUGAAGAUUAAAGUUUGUCUUGAUUUUUGUAUAAUCUGCUGACUUCUGUUCUCCUCUUAUACAGAGGCUGAAUCAGUUUUUUUGGUUUUUUUCUUUGGGUUGGGUUGUGGGGACAUAAGCAGCUUUUCCUUUAUGAGGCCCCAGGAUGAUGGGUAUUGUAUAUUUUGUAUUGCAAUAGAAUCAUUUUGAAUCUUGUAUAAAUUUGUGUCUUCAUGGUCUCCAAAA